UCGCUGAUGCCGGCGGUGUUGAAAGCGUCUUUCCUUACCGGAUAGAGGUUAUGUUCGUUGCGUGUAUCGUAAAAGUUACAAGAAUAAAUGUUCAUGUAGCCGUCAAAUAGACAUAUACUCUCUUUCCUUGAGUUAUUUUUGUAAGGAAGUCAUUGGAAAUCCUACAAUCUUCCAAGAUGUCUGGAGGUAUGCUCUACGGUGGAGAUGAGAUAGGAGCAUUGGUAUUCGAUUUGGGCCAUCAUUCUUUGAGAGUGGGCUAUGCUCAGGAAGAUACCCCAAAGGCAGAGAUCCCAGCUGUUGUUGGUAUCGGAGAGGAUGCUAAUGGUACAGCUACUAAAAAUGAACCUAUGGACAUUGAUGAUAAGAAGCCUGAUAGCAAUAUCACACAGAGUGGGACCAAAUAUUAUAUUGACACCACGAUUCUUCAUGUUCCACGGAAAAAUAUGGAGAUUGCAAGUUAUAUGAAAGAUGGCAUGAUUGAAGAUUGGGAUCAUUUUGAAAAGGUUUUAGAUUAUACAUAUUCAAAAAUAAUUCAAUCCGAUUCCGAAUAUCAUCCUGUAUUAUUCUCUGAAUCACCGUGGAAUGUACGCAGCAAGAGGGAGAAACUGACUGAGCUAAUGUUUGAAAAAUACAAUGUGCCAGCUUAUUUUCUUGUGAAGAAUGCAGUUUUAGCUGCAUUUGCAAAUGGCAGAGCAACUGGUAUUGUUGUUGAUAGCGGUGCUACACAUACAUCAGCGGUACCUGUGCAAGAUGGAUUUGUAUUGACACAAGCUACUGUUAAAUCUCCUCUCGGCGGAGAUUACAUAAGUAUGCAGUGCAGACAGUUCUUACAGGACAACGAUAUCGAUUUAUCUCCCCCUUAUAUGGUGGGUAGCAAAGAAGUAGUCAAGGAUCAUGAUAAACCACGAUGGGUUAAAAAGAAAGGUUUGCCUGAAGUCACUAAGUCUUGGCAUAAUUAUAUGGUGAAGAAGGUAAUUCAGGAUUUUCAAGCCACAGUUCUCCAAGUAUCAGAAACAGCGUUCGAUGAAAUUGUUUCUACAAUUCCUGCGGUACAAUAUGAAUUCCCUACUGGAUAUCAUCAAGACUUUGGAAGUGAAAGAUUUCGAAUACCAGAAGCAUUAUUUGAUCCUAGUAUGGUACAGACGCGUCAAGGUAUGGCCAUUGGUAAUGCUAUGUUAGGAGUGGGCCACAUCGUCACGACCAGCGUUGGCAUGUGCGAUGUCGAUGUACGACCAGCGCUUUAUGGAAGUGUUGUGGUAACCGGUGGCAACUCGUUUAUUCAGGGUUUUACAGAGCGCUUGAAUAGAGAUUUAUCCCUGAGAAUACCUUCUAGCAUGCGCCUCAAAUUGAUCAGUGCAAAUGGUUGCGCGGAAAGAAGAUUCGGGGCUUGGAUAGGUGGUUCGAUAUUAGCUUCGAUCGGUACUUUCCAACAAAUGUGGAUCUCCAGUCAGGAAUAUGAAGAGAGUGGAAAGAGUCAAGUAGAAAGAAAAUGUCCUUAAACCGCGAUACUUUAUUGUAUGUUUAUAUCGAGUCGUAUUAAAGCGUCAGAUUUGUACAGAGAAACAUUGCACAGAAAGUGAGUACAAUUUUGGGGACACAAAAUCUACAUUUUAUGAUAUUGUGUGUGCAUUGUUUGAUUAUGCAAAUAUGAGACUAUAAAUCAUCUUUUUACAUAAAACGACUUUUAUAACGUUAUACUAUGAUAACAAAUAUACUUGUCAUGUUAUCAAAUUAUAAUAUCUCUAGCACUCGAUACAUAUAGAUAAAUAUAAUAUAAAUGACAUAACACUGUUCUGAAUUAUGCUGUAGGCAUGAAAUGGAAGAAUCAUUAUUAUUUAUUGCUGAUAUGCUCUAUGAAAAAAUGAAAACUUGUGCCGUAUAAAAUGACGAAAUUUUGUAAAUUGUAAUAAGAUUUUUUAUAAAACUUACCACAUGGCAAAAGUUCUGUCUUCAAAAUAAAAACUCAUUAUCUGUA